CUUGACUCACCCUGCCUCACUGCGGCCGUUUUUAACGUGCGUGACGUCGUUUCCUUCCAACAUGGCGCAGGCAGGUCGCUGAUGGAAAACUAAGGGAUUUACCCCACCUUCUGGGUUUAUUUAUGUUUGUCUACCAAGGCCAGAAUCGGUGUAGUUUUUAAAGGAAUACAUACAUUUGAAGAGUAUUUCGCCUUUGGGACAGGUCCUCCUCGCCCCAGUUGCAGCGCGUCAUGUAUGAAGGCAAAAAAACGAAAAACAUGUUUUUAACCCGAGCUUUGGAAAAGAUCUUAGCCGACAAGGAGGUUAAAAAGGCUCACCAUUCUCAACUGCGCAAAGCUUGUGAGGUGGCAUUAGAGGAAAUAAAGGAAGAGUCGGAGAAGUUAAGUCCGCCCACGGAAGACAGCAAAUCAGGUUCCAGCACUUUGCCGCCAAUCAAAUCUAAGACCAACUUCGUUGAGGCAGAUAAGUACUUCCUGCCGUUUGAGUUGGCCUGCCAGUCCAAAUGUCCACGCAUCGUAAGCACAUCACUCGACUGUUUACAGAAACUGAUUGCAUAUGGCCACCUGACCGGGAGCGCCCCGGACAGCACGGCCCCGGGCAAGAAGCUCAUCGACAGGAUCAUCGAGACCAUAUGCGGCUGCUUCCAGGGCCCCCAGACGGACGAGGGCGUCCAGCUCCAGAUCAUUAAGGCCUUGCUCACUGCAGUAACAUCCCAGAACAUCGAGAUCCAUGAGGGCACCGUGCUUCAGGCUGUGCGGACAUGCUACAACAUCUAUCUGGCCAGCAAAAACCUCAUCAACCAGACCACCGCAAAGGCCACUCUCACCCAGAUGCUGAAUGUCAUAUUCGCCCGAAUGGAGAACCAAGCACUUACAAAUCACAAGAUUACUUGGGCUUUGGCUUCCAGAAAGCGUGAUCGUCAGCUCCAGGAGGCGAAGCAGAUGGAGCGCGAGCGGCACCGGCAGCACUCCCCCCUCAGCCAGCAGGAGCCGGACUCCCCCCAGCAGCAGCCCCAGCCCCAACCCCAGCCCCAGCAGCACGCCGGCACCCCCCCAGCCAAGGCCCCGCCACCCCGGCCGCCACCGCCCCAGGAGCCCAGCGAGGGAGGGGGGAAGACCGAAGAGGGCGAGGGGGGCUCCUCCUCCUCCUCCUCGCCCCCUUUCGAGAACCCUGAGCCUGAGAACGGUUCCGAGUUCUGCGCCGCAGAGAACGAGCAGACCGAAGCCGACCAGGCCACAGCCGCAGCGCAGAGUGCAGCACAACACAACAUGGAUGCGAUGGAGGAACAAGGGACCCCAAACUACGAGGAGAAGGCUCAGGAGAUUGUGCAGAGCAUACUGCAGGAGGUGGUCAACACUGUGGCAGGAGGGACCUGCCUGGACCCUGUUCAUCUGUGUUCAGAUGCCAAGGAGGGUCGCGGGGAGGCCGAGCCUGAGCCUGAGCCUGAGCCCGAGCCCGAGCCCGAGCCCGAGCCCGAGCCCGAGCCUGAGCCGGAGCCGGCCGAGAGCACGCCCAACUCGCUGGAGGACGAGGGGGCACUGGGGAGCGACAGCGAGAACGUGCACGCCAACGGCAUCCCCGGCACGCCCAUCUCUGCCAGCUUUACUCCGUCCCUGCCUGACGACAGGCUCUCCGUCUCCUCCAACGACACUCAGGAAUCGGGAACUACUACAGGACCUGCACCUGGUGCUAAGUUCUCCCACAUUCUGCAAAAGGAUGCCUUCUUAGUUUUCCGCUCUCUCUGCAAGCUGUCUAUGAAGCCCCUAUCCGACGGACCCCCAGAUCCAAAGUCCCAUGAGCUGAGGUCAAAGGUCCUGUCGCUGCAGCUGCUGCUGUCCAUCCUGCAGAAUGCGGGGCCCAUUUUCAAGACCAACGAGAUGUUCAUCAACGCCAUCAAGCAGUAUCUGUGCGUGGCGCUCUCCAAGAACGGCGUCUCGUCCGUCCCCGAGGUCUUCGAGCUGUCGCUCUCCAUCUUCCUCACGCUGCUGUCCAACUUCAAAACCCAUCUGAAGAUGCAAAUUGAGGUGUUUUUCAAGGAGAUUUUUCUGUACAUUCUAGAGACGUCCACUAGCUCCUAUGACCACAAGUGGAUGGUCAUUCAGACUCUUACCAGAAUAUGUGCUGAUGCCCAGAGCGUGGUGGACAUUUAUGUGAACUAUGAUUGUGACUUGAAUGCUGCUAAUAUAUUCGAAAGGCUCGUCAAUGACCUUUCCAAGAUUGCACAGGGUCGAGCGGGCCAUGAGUGUGGCACGACCCCCUUACAGGAGCUGACCCUGAGGAAGAAGGGGCUGGAAUGUUUGGUGUCCAUCCUCAAGUGCAUGGUGGAGUGGAGCAAGGAUCAAUACGUCAACCCCAACUCCCAGACCAGCCUUGGCCAAGAGAAGCCUUCAGAGCUCGACACCAAUGACAGCAAGCACCCGGAGACCAUUAACCGCUACGGGAGCAUCAACUCGCUGGACUCCACGGCCUCCUCGGGCAUCGGGAGCUACAGCACACAGAUGUCAGGGACAGACAACCCCGAGCAGUUUGAGGUCCUCAAGCAGCAGAAAGAGAUCAUAGAGCAAGGGAUUGACCUGUUCAACAAGAAACCAAAGAGGGGCAUCCAGUACCUGCAGGAGCAAGGCAUGCUGGGAACCACCCCGGAGGACAUCGCCCAGUUUUUACACCAAGAAGACAGGCUUGAUUCUACUCAGGUUGGAGAGCUUCUGGGGGACAACGAUCGCUUAAACAAAGAGGUCAUGUAUGCCUUCGUGGACCAGAUGGACUUCCAGGGCAAGGACUUUGUGUCGGCGCUCCGUUUGUUCCUCGAGGGCUUCCGUCUCCCCGGAGAGGCGCAGAAGAUUGAUCGGCUGAUGGAGAAGUUCGCUGCUAGAUACUUAGAAUGCAACCAGGGACAAACGGAGUUUGCCAGUGCAGACACUGCAUAUGUCCUGGCCUACUCAAUCAUCAUGUUGACAACAGACCUGCACAGCCCACAGGUAAAAAAUAAAAUGACAAAAGAGCAGUACAUCAAGAUGAACAGAGGGAUUAACGACAGCAAAGACCUGCCGGAGGAGUAUCUGUCUGCCAUCUACGAUGAGAUCGCUGGCAAGAAGAUCGCCAUGAAGGAGACGAAGGAAUUAACCAUCAAAUCCAAUAAACAGAGUGUGGCCAGUGAGAAGCAGAGGAGGCUGCUGUAUAAUGUGGAGAUGGAGCAGAUGGCCAAGACGGCCAAAGCCCUGAUGGAGGCCGUCAGUCACGUCCAGGCCCCCUUCACCAGCGCCACACACCUGGAGCACGUCAGGCCCAUGUUUAAGCUGGCGUGGACGCCCUUCCUGGCUGCGUUCAGUGUGGGCUUGCAGGACUGUGACGACACGGAGGUGGCAUCGCUCUGUCUGGAGGGCAUCCGCUGUGCCAUCAGGAUAGCCUGCAUCUUCACCAUCCAGUUGGAGCGUGAUGCGUAUGUCCAGGCUCUGGCCCGCUUCACCCUGCUGACGGCCAGUUCGGGCAUCACAGAGAUGAAGCAGAAGAACAUCGACACAAUCAAGACCCUCAUCACCGUCGCUCACACCGACGGGAACUACCUGGGCAACUCAUGGCUCGAGAUCCUGAAGUGUAUCAGUCAGCUGGAGCUGGCCCAGCUCAUCGGUACAGGAGUGAAGGCCCGCUACAUCUCAGGAACGGUGCGUGGGAAAGAGGGCUUCAUCACCAGCACCAAGGAACAGAACUCCGACGAAUACCUGGGGCUAGUAGGAGGGAAUGUGGACCGCAAGCAGAUCGCCUGCAUCCAGGAGUCCAUUGGAGAGACCAGCUCCCAGAGCGUGGUGGUGGCUGUGGACAGGAUAUUUACGGGCUCCACCAGACUGGACGGCAACGCAAUUGUUGACUUUGUGCGAUGGCUGUGCGCCGUGUCCAUGGAUGAGCUGGCCUCGCCCACACACCCCCGCAUGUUCAGCUUGCAGAAGAUCGUGGAGAUCUCCUACUACAACAUGGGCCGCAUCCGCCUGCAGUGGUCCAGGAUCUGGGAAGUCAUCGGGGACCAUUUUAACAGGGUUGGUUGUAAUCCCAAUGAGGAUGUGGCCAUCUUUGCUGUGGACUCUCUCAGGCAGCUGUCCAUGAAGUUUCUAGAGAAGGGGGAGCUGGCCAACUUCCGCUUCCAGAAGGACUUCCUGCGGCCGUUUGAGCACAUCAUGAAGAAGAACAGAUCUCCCACCAUCAGAGACAUGGUGGUGCGCUGCAUUGCCCAGAUGGUGAACUCCCAGGCCGGCAACAUCCGAUCCGGCUGGAAGAACAUCUUUUCCGUGUUCCACCUGGCCGCCUCCGACCAGGACGAGAGCAUCGUGGAGCUCGCCUUCCAGACCACCGGCCACAUCGUCACGAAUGUAUUUGAGAAGCACUUCCUGGCCACCAUCGACUCCUUCCAGGACGCUGUGAAGUGCCUGUCUGAGUUCGCCUGCAACGCCUCCUUUCCCGAUACCAGCAUGGAGGCCAUCCGCCUGAUCCGGCACUGCGCCAAAUAUGUGUCCGACCGACCGCAGUCGUUCAAAGACUACACCAGUGAUGACAUGAAUGUGGCCCCUGAGGACCGGGUGUGGGUGCGGGGCUGGUUCCCCAUCCUCUUCGAGCUCUCCUGCAUCAUCAACAGGUGCAAGCUGGACGUCAGGACCAGGGGCUUGACAGUGAUGUUUGAGAUCAUGAAGACCUACGGACACACCUUCGAGAAGCACUGGUGGCAGGACCUGUUCAGGAUAGUCUUCAGGAUCUUUGACAACAUGAAGUUGCCCGAGCAGCAAACAGAGAAAGCAGAGUGGAUGACCACGACCUGCAACCAUGCACUGUAUGCCAUCUGUGACGUGUUCACGCAGUACUUCGAGUCCCUCAGCAACGUCCUCCUGGACGACAUCCUCGCCCAGCUCUACUGGUGUGUCCAGCAAGAUAACGAGCAGCUGGCCAGAUCAGGCACCAACUGUCUGGAGAAUGUGGUCAUCCUGAACGGGGAGAAGUUCAGUCCGGAGACCUGGGACAAGACCUGCAACUGCAUGCUGGACAUCUUCAAGACCACCAUCCCACACGCGCUCUUAACAUGGAGGCCAGCAGGAGCUGAAGGCGAUCAUAUCUCACAUCUGGACUCGGACAAGCAGCUGGACUCUAUUUCCCAGAAGUCAAUAGACAUCCAGGCACGCACAGAGGAUCAGCAGUCCAUUAACAGUAUGGAGAAGGUCCCUAUGGACAACCGGAGACAGAGUCAGUUCAGCACGGUCUCAGGCAUGAAUGAGGACGGCCCCAGAGCGAGGACCCCUACCAAAGUCCAGGAGCAAAGGUUAUUCGCUGCUCUGCUUAUCAAAUGUGUGGUCCAGCUGGAGCUCAUUCAGACCAUCGACAACAUCGUCUUCUUCCCCGCCACCAGUAAGAAGGAGGACGCAGAGAACCUCGCAGCUGCUCAGAGGGACGCGCUGGAUGCGGACGUCCACGUGGAGACGCAGGACCAAGGCAUGUAUAGCUACCUGACCUCAGAGCAGCUUUUCAAGCUGCUGGACUGCCUGCUGGAGUCGCACCGCUUCGCCAAGGCCUUCAACUCCAACAACGAGCAGAGGACCGCUCUGUGGAAGGCCGGUUUCAAGGGGAAGUCCAAGCCCAACCUGCUGAAGCAGGAGACCAGCAGCCUGGCAUGUGGCCUGCGUAUCCUCUUCCGCAUGUACACCGACCCCUCACGCCGGGACGCCUGGGAGGAGGUGCAGCAACGCCUGCUCAAUGUGUGCAGCGACGCCGUGGCCUACUUCCUCACCCUGACCUCGGAGAGCCACCGGGAGGCCUGGACCAACCUGCUGCUCCUCUUCCUCACCAGGAUCCUAAAAAUCAGCGACGAUAGGUUCAAAGCCCAUGCCAGUCGGUACUACCCCCUGCUGUGUGAAAUCAUGCAGUUUGACCUGAUUCCGGAGAUUCGGGCCGUGCUGCGGAAGUUCUUCUUGAGAAUUGGAAUAGUGUUCCAAAUUGCCCAGCUGCCUAAAGCUGCGCAGGGAACAACUGAGGACGCUACCCAAGAGGUCUAGAACCUUCUACAGACAUCAGAGGAGCCCCCCCGUUCCCCCCACCCCCAGAACUCCUACACAGAAAACCCAUUAUAAACCAAACCACAACCCGCUUCGAUCUACCCGUCCAAACGGUUCUUGUCGUUUCUUUCCCCCAACCACUGGAGGGCGCUAAGGAGCCCCUACCAGAUUGGACUUCAUCCACUGCCUGCUCCCCCUCUUCAUCACUCAGCAGUUUUCCAGAAAACCUUCUAGAACGUAUCGGAAUUUCCCUGGAGUCUUUGCCUCGAGAAUAUCACAGAAUCUGGGUUGGGGAGACACAUCCCCUUGGCUGAACUAAUGGUCACGCUUUGUACAGUAGCAUAUAUCAUCUAAAGGAUCAUACCGAUGAAUAUAAUGACAACUAUUCAAAUUACAUGAUUUAUGAAACACUUCAGAAGGCUGGCAUAUUAAAACAGAGGUGUUUCUUGCUAUGUCUUGACAUUAUCUUAAAAAAGUUAUCCUGAAUGAAAAAGGUUUCAAACAUCAAGCAAAUGAUCAAUGAUUAGUUCCAACAAGUAACGUUUGUUACUUGACGAUCCUAAUUUGUGUUUUGCAUCGCUAAUGGGUAACAUUAGCAUUGAUAGCUCCUUGGAUGAAACUAGUUGUACAGAAAUGCAGCUUUGUAAAAUAAUCUCAUAACACUAGAUUUUAUUUCUGUAUUUUUUUGUUUUGGUUUCUCUGAAUUUUUGCUGCACUUGUUUUCUUUAUCAAAAUGCACUGGAGAUUUUUACUUUUGUGAUAAUUUAUUUAACUAUGCCAUUUCUCCCCGAUUGUCCAAUGAUAUUUCUAAUUGAUUGCUACGAUAUAAACUGAUCAGUUAAAUUAUUCCAUUUUAUAUAUACUGACACUUUUUUAAGUAAGAGAAAAUGUCCUUAAGUCCGCAUCUGGGAUUCUCUUGAAAACUGGAACUUCGGAAAAACAACAAAGAGCUGAAGUGUGUGAACUGCAUCUGAUUUCACUGGUAUGUAUCCCUGUUUGAAGUAGGUUUCACUGUAUGUGUACAAAUUAAGAAAAAAUUUAAUAUAUUUAAAUCUUCUGUUUUUUUUUGGUUUUGGGGGUGGGUUGUAUGUAUAGAACAUAUGAAAUGUUAGCUGCGCUUCAAGCAUUUGAUGAUGGUGACGUGUGGAUCUGAAGCAUUCCUGGUUUGGGUGAACUGAAGAAAUGUAUAAUGGUACAGCACUGUAAAGUUUUCUAUGUGGAAAAAAAUAAGCCUGUACAACAUUCUGUACAAAGCUGGUUAUCAUCCGAAGCAUUCUAAUCAGGUCAUAGGUCAAUAAAGUUUUUGAACUUGG